UUUACAUAUGAGUCUCGCUAUAUUCUAGAUUGUUCCUUUCUCAAAGUAUUUUAUAAAUUUAAUGCGCGACAUCUAUCGCGGAUCUAAUAUCACGGGUGCAACACCUGUAUGCAUGGGGUUUCUCAUUAAGACAACAGAUAUUACGUCUGAUAAAACACAAAAUUAAAUAAAAAAGUUCCUAAUUAUAAAUAAUUAUAAAUAAUUGGUUAAAGGUGUUGUGCUGUUAGUGUUGUCAGAAUAACCCCGGCGGGUCGUGUUGGAUUCGGCCGCGCGGGAUAUCACCAUCGACACACACCACCGAGGCCGUGUCCCGUGUGGAAAGUGUCCUUUUUUUAAUGGAUCCUACUAUCGGCUGGUAUCAACCGGAGCAGUUCGGGCCAGCGAAAGAUUUGUGGCUGGAAAUUUGGGUUGCUGAAAAAGGCCUUGAUUCAUUGACAUUAAAAAACGAAAACAGCAUAAUAGGCUGCGGUGGUGGUGUUGGUGUUGGCGGCGGUGGCGGAGGGACGGGUAAUAGUAACAGUAACAGUGUAGUUACUAGUGUUGGUGGUGGUGGUGGUGGUGGUGUACCAACAGCAAUGGCUACUACUGGCAACAAAAGCGCUCAGGAUUUUAUUUCAAUCGACAGCCACACAACCACGAGUAUUAACAACCGCGUUAAUGAGGAUCAACGCAACACAACGAACCAACGUAAUCAAAUAGUAACGUCAAAUAUUUAUUACAACCCGUCGAGGAGGAAAAACGACAACCGUGCAAGUACUUAUGGUAUGAACUACAAUCAGGACUCGCUGAUCGGCAUGUACGGAGGGUGUCCUUGGCGUAUUCCCAACAAGCAUUACAGCGCGGGAAUUAUCGGACUCCAUGAAGAAAUAGUCGAUUUCUACAAUUACAUGUGCCCGACAAUUGAAGAGCACAAUUUGCGAGUACGUGUUGUCAGGCGAAUUGAGACAAUUAUUUAUGAGCAGUGGCCAGAAUCAAAAGUUGAAGUAUUUGGAAGUUUUCGUACUGGUCUCUAUUUACCCACAAGUGAUAUUGAUCUGGUUGUUAUCGGAAGAUGGGCGAACCUUCCGUUGUUUACAUUAGAAAAUAAAUUCCUGGAAUACGAUAUUGCAGAACCGUCCUCGAUAAAAGUGCUGGACAAGGCUAGUGUACCAAUUAUUAAAUUAACGGACAAAGAAACUGAUAUUAAAGUAGACAUUAGUUUUAAUAUGAGCAAUGGUGUUAAAUCUGCAGAACUUAUCAAAGACUACAAACGACGUUUUCCAGUACUUGAUAAACUUGUACUGGUUUUAAAACAAUUUUUAUUACAGCGAGAUCUUAAUGAAGUUUUUACGGGAGGAAUAUCUUCAUAUAGUCUCAUUCUUAUGACAAUUAGUUUCCUGCAGUUACAUCCUAGACAGAAUGCACCUGAAAAUUCUAAUUUAGGAGUUUUACUUAUCGAAUUUUUAGAAUUAUACGGUAGAAAAUUUAAUUAUGUUAAGACUGGAAUUAGAGUGAAGGAAGGUGGUACUUACAUUUCUAAAGAAGAGGUUCAACGAGAUAUGAUUGAUGGACAUCGACCAUCAUUAUUAUGUAUCGAAGAUCCUUUGACACCCGGCAAUGAUAUCGGACGUAGUAGUUACGGAGCUCUCUAUGUUAAAGACGCAUUUGACUGGGCUUACCAUGUACUUUCACAAGCUGUCAAUCCAACAAACUCCAUAGAUACUAUGAAACAUAGUAUAUUGGGACGAAUAAUUCGAGUUACUGACGAAGUUAUCCAGUACAGGAAGUGGAUUAAAAUGACAUUUCCCAGUUCCGUCCUUGAAUUAGAUUCAUUAUCUAGCUCAACUGGUUCAGAUGCUUCGACUCUUUCUGCACCAGCCAGUGAUACUGACUCAGAACACAGCCGGGGUAAUUCUCCCAACACCGGCGGACAAAUAGAAGAUCGUAAUAGAGAUCGCAAUGCAUACAAUAAUCAGCAAAAUAAUCAGUACCCGCAAAAUCAUUGGAAAAAAUCAUACAAAACUGGCCAUGUAAAUCAUCAACACAACUCCAGGGGCAUUUACCCACGUGGGAUAAAUAACAACACCCUUGGCCAAAAUAAAGUUAAGAAUUUACAUCACACCAAUGGCAGCAUUAAUAACAACAACAACACCAGCAGUAACAACAACAACAAUAAUAUUAUUAAUAAUAAUAAUAACAAUAGCAGUAGUAACGCCGGAAGUCAGAGUCCGGGCACGAGGAUCCAAGCGCAGAAACGUAAGAAGACUUUUAGCAACCGCACACCUGGUGACUGCGUGCGGUGAUGAAAUGUUGUGUGAGUUUUUUGUUGUACAUUGCGAGGUAUUUCAAGUGACUAAAAAUAAUCUAGGAAUUUAAGAAAAAAAAAAAAAGAAAUUUCUGCCAGACGAAUUAAAGUUCCUCAGGUAAAUCCGCGAGGCUAAUCGUCAAAAUUACACUUUGAUUUAUUUAUUAAACUAUUUAAUAACAUACAGACAAACAAAACUGUUACACAUCUUGUGAAUAAUCUUAGCAAUAUAUUAUAUACAUAAUAAUAACAAUUACAUAUUUACUAUACGGUCUAGAGUUGAAAAAAAAAAAAAAAAUGUGUAUGAUAUUGAGUUUAUCGUCUCGUAGUUAUUAAAAAAUUUCUGCAUUUUAUUUCGUAUAAAAAAAUGACAAAAAGCAAAAAAAAAAAUAUAAAAAAUAACGAAGAUAUAAAUAUAUAUAUAAAGAAAAAAAAUAACAGUAAUCUUAAGCAUUAUUUGACUAAAAUAAUUUUGAUAUUUUUUUCGAUGUAAUGUCCGAUUUAAAUUUUAAUUAUUAUUAAUAUUUAAUUAUAAUAAUCAUUAUUAUCUAUGAUAAUUAAUAAUUGAUUGGUUCUUAACAAGUUUCUGAAAAAUGAACCAAAGAAUUUUUUGUUUUUUCGACAUAAAUAUUUAAAUAUCCCAUGGAUUUUAUGAUAUGAUUAAUUGAACUGUCUCCAGUUUUCACUGUGAUUUAAUUAUUUAACAAUUUUAAUCGUCCUCCGUUUGUAUUGUUUAGGUUUUUUCUUAACGAACAUACUCGGAUAUAUAAUCGGUAGUUAAAUUUAAAAUUGUUAAAAUUAUAUUAAUUAUUUAAUAAUUAAAUUUAUAAAUCGAUUACUGCGAGACAGUGCGUUUUAUAUGAAUAUUAUUUUUAUUGAAGAUAGUAUUAAUUAAUAUGCACUAUCAUCGCAACUGUCUAAAUAAGCAAUUGAUUGUGUUCAUAUUUAAAAAAUUUAAAACAAUAUUCUCCAUUUACGGGAAUCAUGUGGAAAUGCAUUGCCAUAAAAAAAAUAAUAAUUAUAAUAAUAAUAACUAACUUAUCUUGUUAAUGUAAUCAAUUGUACGUUUAUUAUUAGUAUUUUUUAUUAUUCUUACUCGGGAUCGUACACUUUAAGAUAGAAAACAAAUUUAAUGUAACACUUUUUUUCUCCCUUUUUUUAAUGCAAUUGUAGUUUAAAAAAAAUAACAACCCGCGUGUUAGUUUUUUACGAAAGCAUAAUAUAUAUACAUAUAUAUUAGGGUGCGUUAAAAAUUAAAUUUUCUCAAGAGCUCUAUAAAAAGCUUCUUUAGUAAAAAAAACACGUGGGUAAUUUGGUUUUUUCU